AUGUCAUUGCGCGGCCCCAUGCGGCGGUCGCAUCUCCGGCAGGUCAGCGCGGCGAGCCUGGAAAGCAAUUCCACCCACUCACUGGAGGCUUCUCAUCACUGCGAUGACAAUGAUACGACCACAGACGAGAGAACCGUCCGGCUGUCUACAACCAGCCUCACUCGGCACCAAUGUGCUCUCUGGGUUCAUGAUGAAAUGUUCUCGCGUGAAGAGGUUUUGUUGAACCCAUCGGCUUGCGGCGAAUCUGGGGUCCAAGUCGGAGAUGUUGUCGAGAUCCUGCCCGUCCGGGCACCUGGCGAUAUGGGCAAUUACUCUCUCAAAUCCGAGGUGGGCUCAAAAUCUACACGUGAAAGCCACACCGAGAUCAACUCAUCAUCUCAGGCGGAUGGUCCUUCGAAAUUCAAGACUCCCUUGCAGAGCCGUUGUCUCUUCGUGGUGAAAGCGCUCCCACCGGAAAUCAAGACUCGUCAUCCGCAGCUUGAAAUUUCUGUGACCAACAGUGUUGCCAAUAUUUUUGGCUUCAAGAACAGGACGCAGGUUCUACUUUCAAUUGUUGAUCGCGAGCAAUGUGCGACGUCUCAUGUUGAUAUCGCGUUUCGCGACCAGUACAUGGUUCGCUCUGAUAUGUGGAGACUCGUCAUGUCAGAGCUAGCCGAUAAAAUUGUCUAUAAGGGACAAAAGGUUAUCUUCAUGGGAAGCAUUAAAGCCACUGUUAAAAACAUAUUCAUCCGAGAGAAGAAGUGCCUCUCCGGAUACUUUGCACCGUGUACUAUCCCUGUCUUCCGAAGCGAGUCUGCCAAAUAUGUCCUGUUCAUUCAGAUGUCAAGGGAAAUGUGGGAUUUUGAUGCUGAAGGCACCGGUGACAUCUUGUUCAGUCGAGUUAUUAACGGAUUUCUGCCGGAGCUCUUCAAGAGAUGGGCGAACUCUGACGCCAAGCAUCUGGUGACUAUUGUCUUGUUCACUCGAGUGGAAUAUGAUGCGCCCACUCACCCAAGCAUGGCUAAACUCAGCGCUGGAAAUGUGAGCAGUAGCUCUGGGCCGAACAAGAAUCCCACUCGUGACUUCUAUCGUGUGGUAGUCAAUGAUAUGGCAAGUGGUCACUGGACGACCAUUCUUGAUGAACUUAAAAAAGAAUUCAGAACCUUUUUGCGGGAUGUUUCAAUCCUAAAAUCGGAUGACAUUGAGGCUGCAUCUGGAAGUGGAAUCAAGAUACCUUCUAAACCGCACAUGGCAACCAUUGCUGGACGUCCGACUAUGGCAUUACGAGGAAAUAUUUUGGAGGCAAUCCAUCUUGCCUCUGCUCAUUUGGCUUUCGAUCACAUCGAUCGGGACAUGGUACACACUGGCACUUCAAUUAUCGUCAUCACACCUGGUAGUGGUGUUUUCGAGGUCUCCUACGAGUCAUUGGCUUCUACAACAGAGGCACUUGCAAAUCGUGGCAUAGCCAUUGACUUGGUUUGUUUGAGUCCGAUGCCUCUUCACUCUGUGCCAUUAUUCAAAUACAAGGAACCCGUGGAGCAGCCACAGCCACCUGGCGUUGCGGAGGAUUCUAGUCCUAUUGACAUUCGAAGGAAUCUCCCUUCACCUGAGAUACAUCAUUCGCUGUCGAGUGUUCUGAGCAGAUCAUCUUACCUCUCUCCGAGCUCAUAUCUUUCUGCAACGAGAAUGAGGGAACGUGCGACUCCUCAGACCAAAGAGUGGAGCUACGGUAUCCCACAUUGGCUUGAUAUAUCCUAUUGGAACCCUGAAACAUACCGAGAGGCCCGAAGAAUCCUGAAAAAAGAUCCGAACGCCCCGAUUUCGUCAACUGUCACUCGGCUAUCAAAGGCAUUUACUCCACGAGUACGGAUGUAUGAGAUUCAAAUGAUGGGUGUCAUGGAAAGUGAACAAUCAAACAUUUCAAUCCCUUAUCUUGUCGAAGGUCGUGGUGGAUUGAGGCCUCGUGUUCCCUGGCCCGGAUAUGGCCAGUCAAGUUGGCCUCUCCCGAAUAUUCAUUUUGCCAACUUAUCGCCUCUGAAAGCGCCAUAUGGUGAAAGUUUACGACCAGGAUCUUUCAUCCAGAAUGCCGCUCAGCACACGGCAGAUUCACAAACACAAGAACCGCAGAGUACACGGAAGUCCGUAAUGGCUUGGAUGGAUCAAUACGACGAUAAUCUUUAUAAUGUCUCCCCAAAAAAGCGUCAAAUUCACAGAUCAACCAAACAAAAGCGACCUAGUGAAACAGAGGUCCAAGCCGCUGCCGCUGGAGUGCACGAACGACUUUCCGCUCGCUCGAUUAUGCGACUCCGUGAUCAUGAAACAAACCCAGCGGAGGACGAUGAGUCUUCGCUGCCGGGACCUCGAAGAAUUGAUUCCAUGCAAGCGACGGCACCUAAAGCUCCGGACUCGACCGUGUCUCCCAAGAAGCCGGCAUUGAAGAAGGCACCAGCACCAAAGACCUCGCGGAUUUCUAAAACCAUUAGCUUCGCGCUUCGGGGUUUAAUUUCCACUCCCCCAAGAGCCCAAGCAAGCACAGGAAUCAAUGUGGAGCAUGCGAGCGCUUUGCCAGCUGUGGGAUUAUCCAGAACUCCAGCUGGGUCAAUCUCUGACUCAAAGAGCAUUACUUCCUUGAGUCCGUCAGAAACAAUGUCAACUCAAACUGCCAUUGAUGUACGAUCAAGACCCCCUUCGCCGGGAAAGCCCUCACAGCCUCAUUCCAAGCCAAUUUCUAUCAAAAUACCCCCAAAAAAUCCGCCAAAGGAAUUAGAGCGACCAGAGCGUGUGGGGACACAUGGAUCAGUGCCGACAUCUACAGCAGAGAUACCGGCCCAUGAAGUAGGUCGUGAUCAAAAUGAAGGCUCUUAUCGGGAUCACAAGAUUGAGAUCAAAGUCAACCACAAUCCACGCGAGCCAUUUGUGCGCAACUCAUCAAGUAAAGCUUUGUCCCCUUGGGUUCGCUCGGUCAAUCCUUGCAACACUCCCAGGGAUGUGCUGAGAGACACUAGUUGGUUUGGCCGUUGGCAACACGCUUAUCCUCGGCCACCACAUGUGGCUGUUGUCAAGUGGAAAAGUUUGAAAUCACCUGCAGUGCUCCCAUUGACAACUGAGGAACUACCAACCUCGAGUGUGCUUGCCUCGGAGUAUCUGCAGACUCCAUAUCGUGUUUUUCCGAAUGAAGACUCCGAGGGUAUAGAAGCACCCAAGACACGGGGUGUUCUCAUACGAGAAAUGAUCUCAUUGCGACUCUCUCAUGGCUUCCAGAUCGUCGUUGGAAAGAAGGUAGCUGAGGUAUCAGGACAGCCCGCCCUUGAAUCAUUAAAUGUCUUUGAUUCUCGAGGACUAGAGCGAGACGGCUUGACUGUGUUCUUAUCCAAGGGCAACACUAUUCACCGACUUGUCUGCGUUCAAGGCGGAGAGGUUGAAGUAACAAGGUUUACGCAUCAAAACUCUGCUAUGCUCAUAUCGCCUAAGAGAGCCACGUUUACCCUCUACCAACCAGCCAUGAAAACGAUAUUAAGCCCGGAAUACGAGAUCAAAGACAUUAAACUAGACCCAACCGCAGAAGAGUACAACUGGAACUACGCCGACAACUACGUGGCUGGUCAUCGAGACUACCUCCAGAAUCCAUCACAACAACUGCAUUUCUGGCGAGUUCGAUAUGUGCUCAUCCCGCUCCAACUGUAUCCCAGUUCUCGACGCCAUCUACAGUCUUAUAAUGAGGACAACGAGGAAGAGAUUCAUCUGCUUGGUAUCAACCAACUGACCCAUAUUUGGCAACGGUACAAGUACGUGUCGCCGGAAGAAAAGCUGUUCGAGACUUCGAAUCCCAAGACAGACCAAAACCCGCUUAAUAUCAUGUAUCAAACACGCAAUCCAUCGGAAAUUGUUACUGCAGAACUGGAUCGAUUGCUUCUCACGGAUCCAGGUCUUGACAACGCCCCUGCUCAGCUCUUGCCCGAGUCGGAGCUGCUGGAGAGAUCAUCAUGCAUUAGUCUUUCAUCAUUGGCCCAAAUUAUCCAAGGCGAGAAGGGCGUACGCAUGAUGGAUCGACGCUGGCAUUGGAGACUGCAUUACAAUUGUUUUAUCGGCUUUGAAUUUACCACUUGGCUUUUGCAAAACUUCCGAGAUAUAGAUACCCGCGAAGAAGCAGUCGAGUUCGGCAACGAGUUGCUUAAACAUGGUCUCUUCCAGCAUGUGGAGAAGAGACAUAAUUUCCGAGAUGGCAAUUACUUCUAUCAGGUCUGCGCCGAUUACCGCGUCACUCGUCCAGAAUCUCGAGGAAGUUGGUUCCCUCAACUCAGAGCAGCAGACAAGUCGAUACCUUCCACCCCAGCCAUUGGAACUGUAAAGGACUCUCCUGCCAGUCUCCACGCGCGAUCUGACAGCAUAGACGAGCGUAUACCACAAACUCCCAAUACUCCCUCCAAGGCCAAGAAUAAGGUCGCCAUCAUGUUGUCCAAAUCUAUGAAAUAUGAUGUCGAUCCGCGCAAACGAUCCAACCGACCAGAAGUCAUCGAUCUUCACUAUGACCGAUUGCACAAUCCUGAGAACUGUUUCCACAUCGAGCUUAGCUGGAUGAGCACGACUCCCAAGCUGAUUGAAGACACGAUACUCUCAUGGGCCUCGACCGCCGAGAAAUUCGGCCUCAAGCUUGUGCAAGUACCGAUCUCUGAAGGCUGCGCCAUUGACAAAACCCAGCCAUUCCGCAAACCUUACGAAAUCAAAUUGAAGCUCCCACCACCAAAGGCACCCCUUCACACCGUAUUCAACAACGCUUCAUUUGCGCAACCAGGUCCCCCAGACCCCCAUUUCUAUCAGAAGGCCAUUCUACGCAAGUUCGACUUUGUCCUAGAUUUCGAAGCUUGCUCCGCAUUCCCAGUAGACGUGGAAGUCUCCUAUUCAUGGGGAAAGCCAGACUACCUGUACCCACAGUUCAUCCACCGAACUGGCAGCAUCCUAGCCCAGAUCACCAACGAAGGCGACUUCCUCCUACUCGCCAACCGACUCGUGAGCACGCGCGGAACAGCCGGUCGCGACGCAAAUCGCUUCGAGCACACUCGCCCGGACUUCCGAGGCCGCACCACCACCACGCACGAUAACCUGGACCGACUCUCGCCUCGUCUGUCCCCAGUCACACGGCCUGUGCACGACAUCGGCAGCCCGAUGCUCGGAUCCCAUACCUCCAGUAUUGACUCUGCCAGUCUCUACCGCGCCCCGGAGCACAUCCUCAGCAGCCUGGCUGAAUUCUGUGGCGAUGAAGCCCAGCUGAGGCAGUUUUACUCGGAGUCGCAUGGUCGUCCCGCUUCAACAAAGGUGGAGCCUGCCACGACGAACCUGAUGGAUGCAUCUAUCCCGUCACUGGAGCUUCCAGCUAGCGUAGUCAGUCAUCAUAUCUCUCCGCCGCCGGGACUGCCAUCUCGUGUGACGCAUGAUUCGCGUGACAGCUUGAAGUCGCCCGAGAUUACGCGGGCUAGGGCUCGCGCUGAAAGUCUCAGCUAUAAGGGUAGCCCUCGAAGUGGCAGUUUGCGACCUUUGAUCUAA